AUAAGUGUUGGAGGAGACUGAAAUAGUGUUGGAGGAGACUGGAAUAGUGUUGGAGGAGACUGAAAUAGUGUUGGAGGAGACUGGAAUAGUGUUGGAGGAGACUGAAAUAGUGUUGGAGGAGACUGAAAUAGUGUUGGAGGAGACUGAAAUAGUUGGAGGAGACUGAAAUAGUGUUGGAGGAAGCUGGAAUAGUGUUGGAGGAGACUGAAAUAGUGUUGGAGGAGACUGAAUAGUGUUGGAGGAAGCUGGAAUAGUGUUGGUGGAGACUGAAAUAGUGUUGGAGGAAGCUGGAAUAGUGUUGGAGGAGACUGAAAUAGUGUUGGAGGAGACUGAAAUAGUGUUGGAGGAGACUGAAAUAGUUGGAGGAGACUGAAAUAGUGUUGGAGGAAGCUGGAAUAGUGUUGGAGGAGACUGAAAUAGUGUUGGAGGAGACUGAAAUAGUGUUGGAGGAAACUGAAAUAGUGUUGGAGGAGACUGAAAUAGUGUUGGAGGAGACUGAAAUAGUGUUGGAGGAAGCUGGAAUAGUGUUGGUGGAGGUUGAAAGUGAUGGAGGAGACAGGAGCUCCAUGAAAUAAUGUUGGAGGAGACUGAAAUAGUGGAGACAUAGGAGCUGACUUUAGUGUUGGAGGAGACCGGAGCUCUCCGAAUUGGGUGUUGGAGGAAGCUGGAAUGUUGGUGGAGGUUUAAAGAGUGUUGGAGAAGGUAGAGGUACUGUUGGAGGAAGCUUUCUGUAUUUUGUUGGUGAGAGGAAGAUUGUUGGAGCUGAGUAGAGAAGAGUUGAAGACAUGUUUGUGACGCGUUAGAUGCCUGUUCAACAUGUCUUAUAAACACGUUCAGAACCUGUUCAAGACUGAGAUGUGUCCAAGACCGUUGUAAGUCCGUCAAGACAUGUUCACUACCGUCGUAAGUCCGUCAAGACACGUUCAGUACUGUCGUAGGUCCGUCAAGACACAUUCACUACCAUCGUAGGUCCAUCAAGACAUGUUCAGUACUGUCGUAUGUCCAUCAAGACACGUUCAGUACUGUCGUAUGUCCAUCAAGACACGUUCAGUACCGUCGUAGGUCCAUCAAGACAUGUUCAGUACUGUCGUAUGUCCAUCAAGACACGUUCAGUACUGUCGUAUGUCCAUCAAGACACGUUCAGUACCGUCGUAGGUCCAUCAAGACAUGUUCAGUACUGUCGUAUGUCCAUCAAGACACGUUCAGUACCGUCGUAUGUCCAUCAAGACACGUUCAGUACCGUCGUAGGUCCAUCAAGACACGUUCAGUGCUGUCGUAGGUCCAUCAAGACACGUUCAGUACUUUCGUAGGUCCAUCAAGACACGUUCACUACCGUCGUAGGUCCAUCAAGACACGUUCAGUACUGUCGUAGGUCCAUCAAGACACGUUCAGUACCCUCGUAGGUCCAUCAAGACACGUUCAGUACCCUCGUAGGUCCAUCAAGACACGUUCAGUACUGUCGUAGGUCCAUCAAGACACGUUCACUGCCGUCGUAGGUCCAUCAAGACACGUUCAGUACUGUCGUAGGUCCGUCAAGACACGUUCAGUACUGUUGUAGGUCCAUCAAGACACGUUCAGUACUGUCGUAGGUCCAUCAAGACACGUUCACUAUCGUCGUAAGUCCGUCAAGACACGUUCAGUACUGUCGUAGGUCCAUCAAGACACGUUCAGUACUGUUGUAGGUCCAUCAAGACACAUUCACUACCGUCGUAGGUCCAUCAAGACACGUUCAGUACUGUCGUAGGCCCGUCAAGACACGUUCAGUACCGUCGUAGGUCCAUCAAGACACGUUCAGUACUGUCGUAGGUCCAUCAAGACACGUUCACUACCGUCGUAGGUUCAUCAAGACACGUUCAGUACUGUCGUAGGUCCCUCAAGCCUGCUGUUGGUCCGUCAAGACACGUUCAUGACAUGUCCGAGGCGUGUUGCCAACUGUCCGACACACAUUGCCACCCUUCCUGAAGGCAGGUCAACCCAGCGAUGGCUCUAAAAGCCAGACAAGCCAGUGCGGUGGCGCUGGCUUUGAUCGCCAGUGCCUCUGUCCUCCUCCUCCUUUGCCGAAGGGACAUGGCCCCCCCACCAAUACCCAGGCCAAUAGACGACCCGGUAGCCCUGGACCCCAAGGACAUGGCCCCAAACCCCCGGAAGAAUGACCUGCUGUACCGGGCGCCCCUGAACGUGGCCUUGGACCCCAUGGACAUGGCCCUGGACCCUAUGGACAUGGCCCUGGACCCCAGGGAGAACGACCUGCUGUACCGGGCCCCCCUGGAUGUGGCGUUCAUCUUCACACAUGCACGAAAGAGCCAGGAGCUGCAACGCAAGCUGGCUGUUGCUGCAACGUCGCUGCUGGCAUCAACGACGGCGCCCCUGAGACUACACCUCAUCACAGACCAAGACGGAUUCCACAUCGCUACCGACAUCAUCGCUAAGGCCCAGGACGCCAACCAGCUGGGGUUUAGGAGCAUCAAGGUGCGUCAAUACAUACCCAUAUGGGUUUACCUUUGGGUUUAAAUAUGUUACGGUACAUCAGUGCC